AUGUCACCUAACGUUGUAAUCGUGGUGGUCCUGGCCGCCAUGGUCCUCUUCAUCGCAGUCGUGGUCUGUCUCUGUACACUCUGGUGGCGACACAGCCUCCGUGCCGGCUACCACAACGACCGCUUCCAGAGAUCUCGGACGGGCCAACGCGAGACCACCGUCAAGAAGACAGAGCUCACAGAGCGAGGCGCAAAGAGAAAAUGGCAAGAAGGCGGAGGAACGCCGACUCAACCCAGCAGACAGAAGACUCCUGCGCCGCCACGGCGACCACCACCACCUCCAACUCCACCUCCGCCACCCCAACCUCUCCCACCCGCUCACGGUGGUAAUUCAGUCCGUCAUGACAAUCAGCCGUCGAGGCAGGAGUGGCCUUCUGUACCUCCAGCACGUAGCAACAAAACCCCAACGCCGGAGGAAUGGGGCCCUGCACCUCCAUCCCGUGGUAGCAAGCGUACUCCCAGUAAGCAUGGGACGCCUGCUGCUCCGACUCCGGCUGCUAAAGUACCGACUAAGCCUCCGUCGCGGGACGAGUGGGAGGCUGAACCUCAAGCUCAACCUCCUAGUAAGGCGGCUUCAGAUAAGGAAUGGGCACUACCACCCGAUCCGCCAUUUGUUGCGUCUGGCGGUGUCAAGCGCGGUUCAAAGAAGAGCUGGCAAGCUGAGAGCAAGCCUGCUUCUAAUAGAGGGGGCGCCUAUGAUACGCAAGGUUACCAGCAGCAGCAGCACGGAGGAGUGGAUCCUAAUGCGUUGACAGCGGCAUUGCAGCAGGCGAAUGAGGAGACACACGAGGAGCCUGCAGAACCAGAGGGUGGAUGGUAG